GAGGUCUGUACUGCUCUGUGGUGUUUUUCUGGGAGGAGUGGGACAGCAGCCGUACAGGCAAAGAAAACAGCAAUAAGCACCAACUAAACCCGUCUGUGUGGGACUUUGGACGGAACCGGACAGACGAAGGUCCCCGGGGAUACCUUUCCUACACCGUCUUCUUAGGUUCUCACUUUUAAUCACCGAGCAGUAUACGGGACUCAUGGAUAAAAGGAGAGCAGGCGGAGACGACGACAUCAAAGGGGCUCCCGGGUCAUUAGAUAUAUCUAUAGCACCGUGCAGACCGAGAUUUAACCCGCAAGAGCCGAGCAGCCGCUCAGAAAAGGAAUGAGACAAACACAAGCAGGCAGCUCCAGCUGAGGCAACCCUCCCCUGUAUGCUUCUUUUUGUGGGAAACUUUUCAACCUCAUUUUUUAAGUGCUGAAAGUUGAGGUAGGAAAACCCCUUUUGUAGAGAUCCUCCUCCUCCCAUCCCUCCCUCCACAAUAAGAGACACAUCAUAGGUAUGGAGGACCAGGCCGGCAUGAUGCUGGGUCAUAUUGGACUAACUGGACUGUCCCAUGAAGAUGUGGAUGAUCCCGACAACAUGAGGAAACAUCUCAACCUGGGUCAGCCGCAGCAGGACAUUGGCGACAUCCUCCAGCAGAUCAUGGUCAUCACAGAUGAGAGUCUGGAUGAAGCCCAGGCCAGGAAACAUGCUUUAAACUGCCACAGAAUGAAGCCCGCUCUCUUCAGUGUCCUGUGUGAGGUCAAAGAAAGGAUAGCUCUGAGCAUCCGAGGUGCCCAAGAAGAAGACAGUCCAGACCCUCAGAUCAUGCGACUGGACAACAUGCUGUUAGCAGAGGGGGUUGCAGGUCCCGAGAGGGGCGGGGCCUCUGCAGCUGCAGCAGUGGUCGCUGCGGCAGCUGGAGGGUCGCCUAAUGAGGGGAGCGUAGAACACGGGGAGUACAAAGAGAAGCUCGCUCAGAUACGACGGAUGUACCACUCUGAGCUGGAGAAAUAUCAACAGGCAUGCAAUGAAUUCACCGACCACGUGAUGAACCUGCUGAGAGAACAGUCCCGCACGCGGCCCAUCUCACCCAAAGAGAUUGAGCGAAUGGUGGGAAUCAUCCAUCGCAAGUUCAGCACCAUCCAGAUGCAGUUAAAGCAGAGCACGUGUGAAGCCGUCAUGAUCCUACGCUCCAGGUUCCUGGAUGCCAGGCGGAAACGAAGAAACUUCAGCAAGCAAGCGGCAGAGAUUUUGAAUACAUAUUUUUACUCCCAUCUGGCAAACCCCUACCCCAGUGAGGAGGCCAAGGAGGAUCUGGCCAGGAAGUGCUCCAUCACUGUUUCUCAGGUGGCCAACUGGUUUGGAAACAAGAGGAUUCGCUAUAAAAGGAACGUGGCUAAGUUGCAGGAGGAAGCUAACCGGUAUGCUGUGAAGACAGCUGUGGACGCUGCUAGUGUAUCUUUACUGGCGAGCCAAGCCAACUCCCCAGCCACACCAAACUCAGGAGGAUACCCAGCUCCGUGUUAUACCCCUGACGGGAGGUUAUGAGGACGUGCGUGGAGGAACUGUCUUCCCCCAUCUCUGUGUCCAUGGUGGUGACAGCUGGCAGGACUGGUGAUUCCUCCUCUGAUCUCCACCCACCCAGAGCAGCAGGGAGCAAGCACUACGUCACCUCCAGCUGAUGCUCCACCUCCCCUCCUCGUCCUGCGCAACCCAGAAUGUAGGCCGACCUCCAGCCGAGCCACAGACGGAGCAUAACCAAAUCUCUGCAACUUUAUUUGUUUUUCUUUUCUAACAUCUGUCUGAGUUUUUCAACCCCCUCACUUUAUGAAUGUGUUGACAGUUGUUGUUUUUUCUUUUUACUAUUACUUACACCAUUUUUCUUUGAUUUUUUAAAAAUAAUAAAUAAAUAAAUGAUAAAAAGAACCUUUUUUUUUAUGUAUUAGUCCACCUUUAGUGUAUCAUGCAAUGUAUAAAGGUUUAGGGCCUGUACGGAGCCUUGAACCAACUGUAGAUUUAUUUACAAUUUUAUUAUGUCUUUUUUCUUUUAAGUUUUUUUUUUUUUUUAAGAAAAGGUUGUCGCUGAGAAAAUGCAAAUAAAAGUUCAACAGCAACAACAAAACAUCUAAAUGGCAGACAUCACCAAAACUGAAUAAAAGCAUCGACGGUUGUUAAAAUUUUCUUUGAUUCAAACAAAGAGCUGUGUUUGACUUUGUUUCUAUUUGUUUGAAUGUAAAUACAGUUUUGCUUUUAACAGGUAAUUAACGAUUAGGAAGCAACUGAACCAAAGAGGCUUUAACCCAGGAGGUCAGGUUCAGUGUGGUGUGCUCAUGUGCACACUUUUUUCAUAUUAACUUCAUUGGCUUUUUGUUCAUUUUUGAAUAAACAGAACAAACGUCCACAAAUAACAUCCCCCAUCUCCAAUACACAACAUUCUCUGUGAGAGGAGAAACUAAACAUGCAAAAAAUUAAAACAUGAAUGAAGCACUUGAAGUUAUGUUAGGUGUCAGAUCGUGUGUGUGUUUUUAUCAUAG